AUGGCGGGUGUGGCAGUGGAGACUGAGAGACCAAAAGAAGUUGCUACUUUGGGAAAGGGGCUUCUCUUCCCAAAGGGACAAGACAAGGAGGCGCAGGCUCUGCUCUCAUGUGCUGCCUCUGUCUCAGUAGAAGCUGGACCAAAACAAGCUGGUAUCAACUCAGAUGAUCCUGCAUGGGCUCACUGUUUCUGCCCAGACAUAACCAAGAAACAUCACCUACGGUGCAAGUAUUGUGACAAGGUCUGCACUGCUGGAAUUACAAGAAUUAAGUACCAUCUUGCUGGAAUUAAAGGUUUCAAUACUACUAAGUGUCAGAAAGUUCCAAGUCCAGUGCAGCAAGAGAUGUUUGAUUUGCUUACCAAGAAGACUAGUGAAAAGGAACAGAAAAACAAAGAAAAGGAAGUGGCCAGAGCUGAAGUUGACAUAGAAAAUUCAGAUUGUGAAAGUGGCAGUGAAGGUUCAGAUCAUGGCAAUAAUGUUCUUGUGGUGAAGCCAAAGGAGACAACAGGAUCUAGUAGCUCUAGAUCUGUAGCAGGUGGUCAUACUAUUGACAAGUACUACAAGCCUCCUUCUAUAGAAGAAUCUGCCAGUAUGACACAAAGAAAAAGGAAGGAACAGGUGAUGGAUGGAUUCAAGGAGCACAAGGAAUCAUGGGAGCUCACAGAUUCAGUGGAAUGCUCAGGUGACAGGAAAGAUGGCAAAUAUAUCUUUGAACUUGUGGACAGGUACAUAGAAGAGAUAGGGGAACAACAUGUUGUCCAAGUGGUGACUGAUAAUGCUAGCGUCAACACAACUGCAGCAAGUCUAUUGACAGCAAAAAGACCAUCAAUAUUUUGGAAUGGAUGUGCUGCUCAUUGCUUGGAUCUCAUGCUCGAGGAUAUUGGGAAGCUUGGACCAGUUGAGGAAACCAUUGCUAAUGCAAGACAAGUGACUGUUUUCUUGUAUGCUCAUACUAGGGUGUUGGAUUUGAUGAGAAAGUUUCUUAACAGAGACUUGGUUCGCUCUGGGGUUACACGAUUUGCCACAGCUUAUUUGAAUCUAAAAAGCUUGUUAGACAACAAAAAAGAGUUAGUAAGACUAUUUAAAUCAGAUGAGAUGGAGCAAUUGGGUUACUUGAAGCAGGCCAAGGGGAAGAAAGCCAGCAAAGUGAUCAGAUCUGAAACCUUUUGGAAAAAUGUUGACAUUGCAGUUAAUUACUUUGAGCCAUUGGCUAACGUGUUGAGAAGAAUGGACAGCGAUGUACCAUCAAUGGGAUUCUUCCAUGGUUUAAUGCUUGAGGCGAAGAAAGAAAUUUCUCAGAGAUUCGAUAAUGAUAAGAGCCGCUUCAUAGAAGUUUGGGAUAUCAUUGAUAAAAGAUGGGACAACAAGCUCAAGACUCCACUACACCUGGCUGGGUACUAUUUGAACCCCUACUACUACUACCCAAAUAAGCAAGAGAUCGAGAGUGAUGGAUCAUUUAGAGCAGCAAAAUGGUGGCUGAACCAUGGCACAAGCACACCAAAUCUUAGGAAGUUGGCUGCAAGGAUUUUGAGUUUGACCUGCAGCUCCUCAGCUUGUGAGAGGAACUGGUCAGUUUUUGAGCAGGUUCAUACAAAGAAGCGCAACAGGCUACUUCAUGAAAGGAUGCGAGAUCUGGUGUUUGUUAAAUUUAACUCCAAGUUAAGAAAUAAGAGAGAGAACAAGGGUAGAGAUCCUAUAGAGAAGGAAGUGGAUGAUGUUGUGGCAGAUGGUGACAAUGAAUUCAUUACUGGUGUUGUGCCUUCAUCAAGUGAAAUGGAUCAACAAUGUGCAAAAGAGUCACAGCAGCACACAACACCACAAGCACCAGCACCAGCUAAAAGGAAAAGGCCUGUGCACACUAAGAAGAGGAAAGUCAGAAGCCUACAGUCUUUGAUGCGCAAUGCCCCAGUGCAUCCUGAAGCUCCAUCAUCCGACUCAGAAGAUUGUGAUGAUGGUAUUCCAAUGCAUACUUCUGAUUCUGAUAAGUCACCCUCUCCCUCUCCCUAUGUCUCUGAGACCGAUGAUUGA